AUGAAGUUUCGCGUGUCCGGGCUGGACGCGAAAGCGAAAUACAUCCUGUUGCUGGACAUCGUCGCGGCGGACGACUACCGCUAUAAGUUCCACAACAGACGUAUGUUUCCUGCCUACAAAGUUCGCGUUUCUGGUCUUGAUAAAAAAGCAAAGUACAUUUUGCUAAUGGACAUCGUAGCUGCCGACGAUUGCAGAUACAAAUUUCACAACAGCCGAUGGAUGGUCGCCGGGAAGGCGGACCCUGAGAUGCCGAAGAGGAUGUACAUCCACCCCGACUCGCCCUCCACCGGCGAGCAGUGGAUGCAGAAGGUCGUCUCCUUCCACAAGCUGAAGCUGACCAACAACAUCAGCGACAAGCACGGAUUCCCCAUUGUGGGUGUGCGCGGCAGCUGCAACCGUUGGAGAGCACCGCACUAUCACUACACCCCGAUAGACGUAGAUGCUCAUAACUUCGCUGCGAUCGGGAAAACAUCUUGCGCAAGCGGUUCGGCGAUUAGCGGGGACACAAAGGCGAGCCGGUGCGCUCGGCGGAGCGGCAAAGGGCAUAUGCUUAAUUUAUAUACAGUUAUUGAUCAAAAGGCGAUGUCCUUUGGGAGCCAGCGAGGCAUUCUGCCGAUCGGUGGGCCCCUCAAAUUGUUCCCGGCGCGGCCGAGCGCGGGGCCAUCGGAGUCU